UCCAUUGAUACACGAUUCAAGUCGGACACAAAUAAAAAUGGUGGUUCAAUAGAUUAGAUUUCUCUGAUCAAACUGUUUAUUGAAAUAACACAUGAACUUAAUCAAAAGUGUACGAGGAAUAGAAAACUUUUUUAUAUAUUUUGCCAAUAUUAAUAUUUAUCUGGUGCGAUUACGUGGUGCGUUGGGAAGAGUUGUGUUUGACAAAUAACAGGUUGUCGGAGACACCGAUUUCGCUACAGUUUUGUAUCUAAAGUGUUGUUUUUUUAACUGCAAUACGCUUGUAAGGUGUACCAGUUUUCAAACCAUUUACUAAGUCUUUAUUUAAGCAAUGAUAAGUUAAGUUGAAUUGAAAUAAAGUUCACUAAAGAUCUCGAAGUAAGCUGGACAACUGUUCUAUUCAAUCAGCAUGUGACCCAAAUCUGAGAUUUCUCUUCUUUGUGUUUUAUUGUUGGGUUGAUGUUUACGCAGUGAAAAGCUGAAUCGAUUGACAAGGAAUACAGAGAGCGGGGGUUAGAGCGGCGAUCCUCAGUCAGGACAUGCUAUUUUGUGAACUUGUCACGGUUGACUACCUGUGCAACUCGGUGGGGGUCAGGUGCAGUGCGCUGAAUAUCCAUAUUCUUAAAAACAUCGACCGGAUUCCCGCUUUACUUGAUGCUUUACUUAUCAACAUUGAAUGAAAAUACACAACUGAGAUAGCUGUGGGAGAUAGAGUGAUAACAGAGAUCAGUGUUUACCUGAAAUGUGUGUAAACACUCACGAAAGCAUGAAACAAGUGAAACACAUUGUGGUGAAAUGAAGAUCAGCUGUAAAUACAUUGAAUUGAGCCGCACAGAGUAGGACAAUGGUGCAAAAUGGCUCAUUCUGAAAAUCACAGGUAUAUUGUGCAGGUGUAUGUGGGUGCACUGUCUCCACACUACGAGGCCCUGUCAGUAGAAGCCUCAAAGCAGACCAGCUCUGAAGAAAUUGUCUGCUGCAUCACUGACAAACUCGGACUUACUAAUGGAUCCGGAGGCCCAUAUGAACUGGCAGAGGUGGUGGGAGACAUGCUCAGCGGCGAGUGCAAGGAGCGGCGACUGGGGCCCAAUGAGUCGCCCGUCGCGGUCAUGCUGCUGUGGCCCAACAACACCGGCUCGGGACAGUACAACAGAUUUUAUCUCCGAGAGAAGAUUCCCGACGAGCCAUGGAUGGAGAACUUCUCGGUGGACCCGCAGCUGAUAAAGGAUUACUUCCAGCGCUUCCUGUACCAGCCGAAGGACCGCGAGUACCCGGACCUGUGCCAGUUGCCGGAGCUCAACGAGCAGACGUUGCUAGAUAACUUGAGGGCGAGGUUCUCGGCCGGCUACAUCUACACAUACGUCGGCUCUAUAUUAAUAGCACUCAACCCGUUCAAGUUCUACCCUAUCUACAACCCGAAGUAUGUGAAGCUAUAUCAGAACAAACGGAUAGGACUGCCGCCUCACAUAUUCGCAGUUGCCGACGCCGCAUAUCAUUGUAUGCUCCGAGAGAGAACGAAUCAAUGCAUAGUGAUCAGUGGAGAGAGUGGUUCAGGAAAGACUGAGAGUACGAAUUUUCUACUACAUCAUCUCACGGCGUUGAGUCAAAAAGGAUCUCAUGGUAGUGGUGUCGAGCAAACAAUAUUGAGUGCAGGCCCAGUGUUAGAAGCAUUUGGUAAUGCUAAAACUGCCCAUAAUAAUAAUUCCAGUCGGUUUGGCAAGUUUAUACAAGUGAACUACAAGGAAAAUGGCAUGGUGCAUGGAGCUGUUGUACAAAAAUAUCUUUUGGAAAAAUCAAGAAUAUGCAGUCAAGGUCGUAACGAGAGGAAUUAUCAUGUGUUCUAUUAUUUAUUGGCUGGUGCGUCGGAGCAGGAGAAGGAACAGUUGCAUUUACUUAGUGUUGACAAAUAUAAUUAUUUAUCGAGGACUGGUUGUAGUGAGGUGCCCGGUAUUGAUGAACAGUAUGAGUUUUCUCGGUUAAAACAAUCUAUGGAGAUGGUGGGCUUCACGAUGGAUAAACAGCGGCGACUGUUCGCCGUCCUCUCAGCCGUGCUACUUUUGGGUAAUGUGGAGUUCCAACCACAGAGGAAAUCAUACCACCAUGAUGAAGCAGUGGGUGUACGGAACCCGGAGGUGGUGUCCCUCAUAUCCUCGCUGCUGCGGGUCAAACAGGAGACUCUACUGGCUGCCCUCACGUCCAAACGAGCACGGGCUUCCGGAGAAACGCUAGUUAUAAAUUACAGGUUGCCUGAAGCGAUAGCGACGCGAGACGCGAUGGCAAAGUGCUUAUAUGGUGCUCUCUUCGACUGGAUUGUGAUGCAAGUCAACCACGCGUUGCUCUCUAAAAAGGAUACGCUUAGGGAACAUCAGGGACAUAGUAUAGGCGUUCUGGACAUAUUCGGUUUCGAGGAUUUCGGUCUGAGCAACAGCUUUGAGCAGUUGUGCAUCAACUAUGCCAACGAGCACCUGCAGCACUACUUCAACCAGCAUGUGUUCAAGUACGAGCAGGAGGAGUACAAGCGGGAAGGUAUACCCUGGACCGACAUCGGGUUCAGUGACAACACCGGGUGCUUGCAGCUCAUUGAAGGCAAGGUCAAUGGACUCUUGUGCCUGCUCGAUGAUCAGUGCAACUUCCCAUGGGCGACGAAUGAGACGUUAUUACAGAAGUUUAAUUCUGUACAUGAGAACAACCCCUUCUAUGAGAAGCCACAGAGACGGGAGCCUGCUUUUGUAGUCAGACAUUACGCCGGGAGAGUCAAGUAUCAGGUAACAGCGAUGCGUGAGAAGAACUUGGACCUGAUGCGGCAGGACAUAGUGAGCGUGUUGAAGAACUCCUCGCUAGCAUUCGUGAGGGAAUUGGUCGGAGUCGACCCGGUAGCCGUGUUCCGAUGGGCGAUUGUGCGCGCGUUUUUCAGGGGAUACUUUGCAUUUUUGGAAGCAGGGCGGAGACACCGCGUGCAGCGAGUGGACGGCGCGUCCCGAGUACCGCGCGCCUCCAUCCACGCCCCCAACGACACCAUCAUCAGAACGCCCCACCGAGCGGGCAGUAAGGCGCGCGAGACUCCGACGCGGGCCCACGCCGAUACUAAACCGAGGACAGAGACAGCAAACGCGGCCCGCGCGGGUGGGAAAGGGACAAAAAAUUACAGGAUCGCCGAGACCCGCACGCGGCGGGAGCGCGCGCUGGACGACACCGACGUCAUGCAGCGCGCCAGCCAGAUCGUCAUGAAAAACAAGUCGUUUAGGCCUAGGGAGAGAGCGAAAAAAGGUUUAAAGAAUCUGCAGAGCGUGAAGACGUUGGCAGGUCGGACUGCCGCGCCGGCCGGGAAACGCAAGCAACAACAGACUGUCGCCGCGCAGUUCCAACACUCACUGUCCGCACUCAUGGACACACUCAACCAGGCCAACCCGUUCUUUAUCAGAUGUAUAAAAUCAAACGGCGAGAAAGUUCCACAUGUGUUCGACGAUGAAACGGUACAGCGUCAACUUCGCUACACGGGCAUGUUGGAAACGGUCCGGAUACGACAGGCCGGGUAUAACGUCCGGCUCACGUACGAGGAGUUCAUACAACUCUAUAGGAUAUUAUUACCUAAAGGACUACUCAGCUCGCAAACUGAUGUACGACACUUCCUCGCCACACUCAACUUGGAUAGGGAUAACUAUCAAUUAGGUGCUACAAAGAUCUUCAUGCGUGAGAGUGAGCAGACGAAGCUGGAGUACCGGCUGCACCAGCAGAUCAUGGCUUCCAUCAUCACGAUACAGCGGUGGUUCCGGGCCGUGCUCGAGAGGAGACGGUUCCUCGCACUACGCCGCGCCUCCGUCGUUAUACAAUAUUUUACCAGACAAUGGCUAACAGCGCGGCAGGCGGCAGCAGUCCGCCUGCAGGCGUGGUACCGCGGCAGUCGACAGCGGCGGUGGUACUUACGGCUACGUCGCGGCAUCGUGGCCUUCCAGGCCGCCGCCCGGGGACAUCUACUGCGCCGGGCCAUACUGGCUCGCAGGCCUUCCGGAGACUCAGAGCAUGAUGGCCGCGGCCCCGACGCCGUCAAACUCAGGAUAUACAACAAGGACCCUGUGAAUCUUAUACUACGAAAAGAACUGGAAAAUUCGAGGCAACUGAGAGCGACACAGUCAUUACCUAUACCGAGGGUCGAGAAGAAACGGGACAUUUUAAUAGAUACUAUAGAAAAUACAACAAAUAUUCAGAAAGUCAAGAAGAGAGUAUCAAAGACGGAAAAUUCUUUGAUGAGACAGACAAGCACAAGCGUAAUACCCAAAGAAACAAGCGAGUCGCCAGAGGAUGAAAGAUGGAAUGUCACCACGAAUACAAACAGGUAUCCUCAGACCGGAGUCACUCUGCCCAACAAGAUCACUCCAGAGGACUUAGCAGACGAAUUACUCUGGCUACGGCUCGACCAGAACUACCUCAUGAAUGAAAAAGAAGCUAUUACUAAGAAACGAGAAAAGCGAGAGAAAGAAGACUACACAUCGAAAAAGAAAGAUUUGGAGCUGUUGGAGUCCAUUAUGAGUAGUAGCGAGGAGUACCUUAGACAGAUAGGCAAUUGGAACCCCUCGGAUAGUACGGAAACUAAUAAAACUAGCAUUAGACGUGGGUCUGCGGGCGUGUACCAGCGCAGCGUGUCGAGCGCGACGCUGGAGGCGCGCGGGCUGCAGCCGCUGCAGUCGCUGCUGUCGCUGCCGGCCGUGCGCCGCGACCCGCGCGCCCCGCCGCCGCCGCCCCCGCACUCCGCGCCCGCGCCAGGACUCUCCGUCACUCCCGCGCCUGAAGCACCGGCGAGUACGGAGCCGGCGAGUGUAUGCGUGGCGCCUGCGCCCCCGGCGCGGUCGGGGCGGCGCUCCCCCCGCCGGGCAGACCGCGGCCCGCCGCCUGACAUCAUCGUCGACGCCUCGCUCUCACUGCACGACCGCACUGGUUCGGAGCAAAUAAGUGGUCUAGUAGUGGCGGGGGUCCCCACGACGAGUGUGGCGGGCGCAGCCCUACGGCGCCGCAACUCGGACCCCGCCCCUGGGGACGUGCGCCCACUCGACCCACGCUCCACUGACUUCAUCGGACAGACUGGCAAUGGACUCUUCCGAAUUGCUGGCCACAGGUUUCGUAAAGGCACUCGGUUUGCGAAAGGAGACAAGUGCGUAUACUGCCACCAAGCUAUCGACGCCUUCAUCACGCAGGGCCAGCGCUGCAUCGACUGCAAGCAGCUCUACCACACCAAGUGCAUACAGAACAAAGGAGUCAUCACCAUGCCCUGCUCUAGUCCCGUCACCGUCGCCAGUAGGGGGCGCCACAAGAACAGAAAGAGAAUCAUUUCCAACUCUAAUUAUAACCUACUAGAUAACUCCAAAAGUUCUGUCAGUUCCAACUUUAAUUUAACGGGCACGUCAGAGUUUAUGGAUAGGACCGAUAAGAUAAUAUCGGACGCGACUGAGCUACAAGCAAUGCAGAACUUUAUCAUGGAGAAGAUUUAUGAAAUGGAACCUAAUGAGAAGAAGAAGCAAUCUGAGGUCGACAGGGUAUUCAAACACGCAUUAUUAGAAUUCAAAGACAAUUUAGUAGCGACGUACAGCAUAGUGGAGACGCGGGGCUCUGCGCUGAAGUACAAGGAUCUGAUCGGCAACUUCCUGCACGUGAUGGAGACGGUUUGUGCCAGGGAGGGGUCCACGCUCUCCAUCACCAUGGGGGUCAACGCCUUUAGGGGUUUCAUGGACGAGUUUAUGAGCCAACAUGACACUGAUAAAGCUAGGACGAAAAGAAAAAAGGAUAAAAAGAGAAAGGUGGACGAUCCAAUACAAUACAAAGGCCAUACGUUCAUACUGUCCAUGAUCAACAUACCGACGGAGUGUGAGAUCUGCAAGACUUUCUUCAUGUGGCCCAUAGAGCGGUCGCUCAUAUGCCAGACGUGUAAACUUGCCUCGCAUAAGAAAUGUUACACUAAGGUGUCGACACUGUGCCGUAAAGACAACCAGACCCCGUCGGCCGCGAUAGUGGGCGCCGUGGACGCGGGCGGACGGGAACAAAUGGGGGUCGUCACACGAGGGAAGGUGUUUGGAGUACCACUAGCUGACCUACCGACGGGCGAGAGUAACAUCCCCAUAGUCGUGGACAGGCUGAUUACUACGAUAGAAAUGACCGGCCUCUACACAGAGGGCUUGUACAGAAAAAGUGGACUUAGUUCGAAGGUGCGUGAGCUGAGACGGUUACUGGACGAGUCCCCGGAGGAGGGCGUGGACCGACUGGACCUGUACGCGGUGCACGUGCGCGCCUCCGUACUCAAGAGCUUCUUCCGCGAGCUGCCCGAGCCACUGCUCACCUUCGACCUAUACGACGACUUCAUACUCGCCUCGCAGAUCUCCGACCCACAGGAGCGGGUCUCUACUAUAUUUACAAUUCUAAGAAAGCUACCGAAACCAAACUUCGAUCUUGUCGAGAGGCUAAUAUUCCACCUGGCGAGGGUGGCGCUUGGAGAGGAUCAUAAUAGGAUGGGUCCGAAUGCGUUAGCGAUAGUGUUUGCCCCGUGCAUACUGCGCACACACAAGGUACAACCUGCACAGGACUCGCUGCACGACAUCGCGCGACAGACUGCCUGUCUAGAGGCCAUACUCGUCGAUAAGAUGCGCACCGUGCGUGGCAUGCUCCAAGACAUAGCGACCCUGGACACGGCGUGCCACACGGCCACGUCCCGCCUGUCGUCGCUGCGCUCGCACAGCCACGCGCCGCGCAACGAGGAACAGAUCCUCGUCGGACACAUACACGAGAUACAGAAGGAGAAGGCCAUCCUCACCUCCAACCUGCCCACACUAAUCAGAGCGACGUCAGACGACGAGAUGCUCUCUACGACGGACCACGACGGCGAGCUGGGCAGUACUGACGACCUGAGCACCGGAGCCAGUUCCAUGCGAUCGCAGAGGCUCCUGCACCGACAGCUCUCCUCAGACGACCCCAUCAUGGUGUAACGCCACCGUCUUCUCAUCCUGGAUCAUAUCAACACAUAGACGAUUACACCCGGUCUGUAGUAACGUAAGUCAGAUAAUCGGGAGCCUUCCCCCAGAUGCUAUGCAAUGAUGUCCAAGUUUUGCCAUGAUAUUUAUAAACGUUGUCAAAACAUGCACGAUUGGAUAAGUUUCCCAAAUUCAAAUUCAUGACAGAAUAAAUUAAAUGUUAAAUGUUCCUGUGCAUUAUUUUACAUUUUAAUUGUUUAGAGUAACACCACUGUAGAGUGUUUCAAAACUCGUCGUAUAGUAUUUAUUGUAUGUUUGCGACUUGUCCCGUAAUGUUGCUAAUAGUUAGCGAAUAAAUAACUUCAGAUAGAGAUCGAUGUGCAACCAACACUCCUGUUCUUGUAUAUCGUACUAUGUGCUAUGUAAUUGAGCUGUUUUAGACAAGUAUACAUGUGCUAGCAGUAGUAUGCGCGAGCGCAGUCGACGUAGCCGUUGUUCUACCGUACUUAGACGUAGUGAUGAGCUUAUUUCAGUAAGUCAUAGUCGCCGCUACUACACCCAGGCGAUGGCCCAAACUUGUGAUGUGUGAAUAUAAAAGUAUUUUUUCGUACAUAAAAAUAUUUACAUCCAUCUUUGCACUGACGUAUUUUAUGAUAUAUUUUCUGUGUAAAUAUGUAAAUCUUGUCUAAAGGUGAUUUUAAAAAUUAUAGCAAUAUAUUGUUCUUCUUUCGUAUUUCGUUAUUAGACGACUUAAGAUGACACGUGACUGUAUUUUUCAAAGUUUGCGAUUAGUUGGUAGGUUAAAGCCGCUAGCUACUUGUUGAAAAGUGAUUCAUUCCAUUUUGUGUAAUUAUUUUAUUUAGGUAUAUUAUGUCGUCUCUCUGUCGACGCAAAAUGGUAACAAAAUUGUCUGACACACAUCAAAAGAAUAUGCCAAAUUGGUGUUUAUUCUUAAACUUCAUAUAGUUUUAGGACGAUGAAUUAGUAAUGUUGUAAUUCUGAGUUAGCUUGUGAGUCGUGUAAUGUUCUGUAGAGAAAAGUUCAAAAUUUAAACCAACCCAAAGACAUCACUUAAUGACGUUAGAAUUACGCAAUUUAAUUGAGAUUUUGUGAUCCUAGUUAACUAAUCAUGUUCCAAACUAUACAAGGUAUCAAUUAUUUUAUAAACCAAAAUUUAUAUCUAGUUGCUUUGCCUCAUGUCAUUGAUAUACUUACUUAUAUUAUUUAGCAACUUGUAUGUAUGUUAAAAGUUAAUGCUCUGAAGCAUUCACAAAAAAUCUGAUAUCAAAAAUAUUAUACAGUAAAUAUUUUGCCUGAGUACUUAUGAUCAUAACUAAUGUCUUAGACAUGUAAUGGUUAUUUUACGUAUAAUUAAAUAUUAUGUAUUAAAAUAUAACAUACUUCUUCUUACUACGGUACUUGGCGCCUCAACAGGAUCGUUAAGUUUGUAAAACAUAUUCCUAUGAUUUAUUAUUAUCCCAAAUAUGAUCAUGAACACCAUGUACCUUGCCUCUAUCUUAAUUUGCUUUCAUAUUCUAAAAGACUGUCUUAAAAUAAGCUAUUGAAUUUAUUGUUAAGUCACAAAUAUUUUACCCGCUUUUUAUUAAUUAGUUUUUAACAAUUUACUAUACAAACAACGAAUUACUCUGUGACAACUUGUAAUGUUUGUAAGCCUCUUGUUUAACUAUCGUCUGUGGACAUAUUUUAUAGCUCAAUAUUUAUGAUGGACUGUAUUAACUUACUUAUAUUCUAAUAAGCUUAAAUAAACUUUUUGUACCAUUUAUAAUGCCACGAAAUUUGUUUGAAUCUCACAGUUGAUACUGAGGCGUACCUUUUGAGCAAUUUACACAGAACAGAAAAAUAAUGAGGAAAACUAUUCUUAGACUUAUUUGCAUUUGUUAAAAUUAAAUGACCCGUGGAAGUGCAUGUGUUAUCAAGGUGCCGAACAAAUACUAUAUUUUUAUGUAUAAAAAACUCUGUUGUUUCUCGUUUAUUGGGGUUGUGUCGCAGUAAUCUAGUGUACUUUCUGUGCCUUCGACUAGUUUGCUUUCAGCAGUCUCUGACUAGCCUGAACACGUCUGAAAGUCUAGCUAUUAUUGUUGAUGGUUUACAUUUAUUAGUAUUCUUGUAUAGCGUUGUUAGCGUCAACAUUAAUAUUAGCCACAUACAUUCUACAUUUCAACUAUAUAUAAAUAUAUGUGUAAUAAUCUCGUGGUUAGGUCUCGAUAAUGUAAUCGUAUCGUGUUUACGAGCUCCCCAUCAGCGAACAUACUCAUAAUCAUAAUGUUAAACUAAGUUAUUUUACAAGAAAAAUUAAUGAAUGUGCAAUGUGGCUACGACUAGGAAUUAACACUUUAGAAGUGUAUGUAGAUAUUCGCCUGUUCCGCGUAAGGUUUAUGUAAAUAAUUUAUUAGUUCUAUGACAACUCUUAGCAAGGUACUAUUUUAUCUUAAGGACUGCUAUAGUCUCUGCCACUGUUUAUUUGUGAAAGUGCCUAUCAAUCAUUGUUUCAUUUUAAAUUCUCUAUUGGUGCAUUAUAUCAUUGGAUUGUUGAAAUUUUAUCGUAGUUCGUCGUUUCAUAUUAAAUAUCAUUGGAAAUUAAAAUUUUAAACCUAAAGUUAUAUGUGCAACAUCACAUUUUAUUUUUCUGUUGCCAACUAGCGAUGUAACGGUUAUUUUAAUAAUACCCAUGUUUAUGGAACUGAUUUAUAAGAUAUUAGUUGGAUAUUUCAGUAAGUUACAGACAACUGGCAUUUGUUUAUUCAACUCUGUAAUUGUAUUUGCUAUAAGGACCAAUAAUAAGCUGUUUACACAUGGUCGUUUUAUAUACUUGUAUGUCAUUUGACUGUGAACUUUGUCCUAAAUGUUAAUCAAUAAUGAAUCUUGUAUCAUAUAAACAUGUAUAUUGUUCAACUAUUUUUAGGGAUCCUAUAAUGUGUCAAUAUAAAUGAAAUGUAACCAAAACAUUAUACUGUAUACAAAAUAUGAAAAUAAAAAAAAAGAAUAAUGAGAUAAA